GUAAACAAAUAUACAGAGAUGUAUCAAGCCGUUCACAACCGACGUGUCUUACUCUUACUUCUUUUAAUAACGGCGAUUGUAUUUGUAAGGACAACGGCUAGUCUAAAUGUAGAUUCCGAGUUGCUUGGCAAUAUGAGCAGCUUGAUAAAAGCAACGUCGAGAAAUCAACUAAGAAACCUAGAAAAGCACUUACCCACUUUCAGCUUCAUUGUCAUGAAAGGAGGAAAGAAACAAGAGACUACUAGUGAUACCAAUUGCCUGGACUGUUAUCCCCUGGACUAUGCUGAAGAUGUUCAAUGCUCUGACAAUCAGAAGAUAAAUAGAUUAAAAAAGGCGCCUCUUUCGUUUGUGGGCGUGCGUGGUAAAAAAUUUUUGCAAGACGACUAUCCUCGGAUAAGUGAUCUUCUGCAGACCAUGGAGAAUGAACGUGUUCGAGAGAAUCUGGCUCGAAAAUUCUUGGAGAAGCUGUCCAUAAAUAGUGAAAAUAUAGUGAAGCGUGUACCUACCGGAUUCACAGGAAUGCGUGGCAAGCGGCCGUCACUUUUAAGCGAAUUAAACGAUGAGGAAGAGACAUUUCAGCAGUUGGGAAAACGUGUACCUGGAAGCUCCUUCGUCGGUGUUCGCGGUAAAAAAGAUGUUUCUCAUCAGCACUACAAAAGAUCUAUUCUAACAGAGUUAUGGCGUAAACUUUUUACAAAGGCUUAUGAUGUGCGGGGUAAGAAGCAGCGGUCUAUAGACUUCAACAGCAAAUUCGUGGCAGUUCGAGGCAAAAAAAACCAGAUGAAGGAUGGGAGUAAUAAUAAACAGUAUAUAUGGCAGCCUUGGCCAUAUCUUACAGGCGAUAAGCGAGUGCCAAAUGGAUUUGUAGGAAUGCGUGGCAAGCGUCCGGUGAUUGCGGAGUAAGCAUGAACUAAGUGUGACAGCAGUAUGACGCCCAUACUCACAUUACAUUUUGAUUAAUGACCGUGGAGAAGUAAAAUGCAAUGAACCUAUGCAAAAUUUAUGUUUUCAAUAAUCACUGGGCUGGAGAUUAUUUUAAACGUAAGAAUUUGGCAACCAUAGUAAUCUGUAAAUUAUUAGCUAUGUUUAUGUAUAUACAUAUGUUUGUAUAUGUAUACAUACGUCUUAUUCACACUAAAUUAAAAAUAGGUUGCACAUAAA